AUGGCCGACCACCCAGAAACCUAUCGCAGGCGUCAGCCACUGAGCGACGCCUCCAGUCGGGCCAACUACAACCGAGGCAGCAACGUGGAUGCGUCGGGUGCUCAGAUGGAAGAUGUGUAUCGUUCGAAGGGAAGCGAAUGCACACCUGGUCCGCCAGUAUCAACACCACGCACCAACAGGGCAAACCGGCAGCAAUCAGUGGCGACCGAUUUUCACUCUGAUUCCGUUCGCAACUCCGUCGUUUCGGCUACCUCGUUACUAUCGGGCAAGGGCAAGCGAAAGACACAUGUCGGACCAUGGCAACUCGGACGAACACUUGGCAAGGGAGCCACGGGACGGGUCAGACUGGCAAAACAUGCCAUGACCGGUCAGACAGCCGCCAUCAAGAUUGUAUCAAAGAAGUCGGCUGCCAUGGUGCAAAGUGAGAGCAUCGCCGCCAUGGACCGCAAUGUGAACAAUUUCCCGGGGAAUCCGAGUGCACGACAGAUACCGAGUGGUAUUGAACGAGAAGUGGUGAUUAUGAAGUUGAUUGAACAUCCUAAUGUGAUUAGUCUGUACGAUGUCUGGGAGAACAGAGGAGAGCUGUAUCUCGUCCUCGAGUACGUUGAAGGAGGUGAACUUUUUGACUAUGUCUCCAAUAAUGGGCCCUUGCCCGAAGAAGAAGCGGUCCGUCUGUUUCGUCAGAUUAUUGCUGGCUUGGGCUAUUGCCAUCGGUUCAACAUCUGUCAUCGAGAUUUGAAGCCGGAGAAUAUUCUUCUUGAUGCCAACCAUAACGUCAAGCUGGCGGACUUUGGCAUGGCCGCGCUGCAGCCCGCAGGACACUGGCUCAACACAUCUUGUGGCAGCCCCCACUACGCAGCGCCAGAGAUCAUCUACGGACGCAAGUAUCGCGGUGACAAGGCCGAUAUGUGGAGCUGUGGUAUCAUUUUGUAUGCCCUGCUGACUGGAUAUCUUCCAUUCGAUGGCGGUGAUCUAGCGAACACUCUGCGUCUUGUCAAGAGAGGGGAUUACAUGAUCCCACCUGAGCUGAGUGAUGAGGCAGCAGACCUGAUCCAGAGAAUCCUGCAAAAGCGGCCUGAAGAUCGCAUCACGAUGCAAGAUAUCUGGCUUCAUCCACUGCUCACCAAGUACGAGCAGCUACACAAUGCUAUGGCCGACCAUUAUGUUGGCCCCCCGCCGCCUUUGUCCGUCAAGGAUUGUGGAAACCCUGUCACCUCCCGCCAAGAUGUUGACAUUGAUAUUCUGCGAAAUUUGCAAACCCUUUGGCAUGGGGUCAAGCCUGAUGAUUUGGUGCAAAGACUGCUGUCUUCCGAGCCGACACAUGAGAGAAUGUUUUACAAUGCCUUGGUGAGGUUCCGAGAUGAGCAGCUAGAGAACUAUCAAGGUCAGCCGUUGGAAUACUCAGCCAGUGACUAUCAUCACAUUUCUCGUCCAGGAGACCAAGUGCGGCGAGGACGAAGCAUGUCGAAGAGACAGUCCCAAAUGGCAGCCAUUAAGGAUCUUCAUCGGCGCAUGAGUGCCACGAUUGAGCCAAAGUCCUGUGCCAGUGUCGAAAGCUAUGAUCCUUACAGAUCUCCAAAAGUCAAGACUCCGGGGAAGGAGGCGUCAUAUGCCCAAAUCACAAUUCACAGACCACCGGUUGUCUCUGAGCUGAGAGAAUCCAGUCAGGCCGUGAAGCCUCCACCUUCCAUCGUGGAGGAAAAGGAACUAGAGGAAGCCAGUGAGGCAGGGGCUUCUCCGUUCACUGUUCUGCAAAAGCGAAAACAUAAGUACAGCUCGACGCGGUCUCUUCAAUCGUCCAAGGUACCGCACUCCAGUUCACGACAUCCGGGAUUCUCCACUCGAUCGACAAGCUAUCGACGAAACGUCUCCUUCCACCACAUACGAAACAGAUCCCAAGGCUCGGCAAAGCCAAAGCGUCGCAGGACUAGCCAGACACGGCAACUAGGGGAGCCAGACAUCAAGCGGUCUCCCAGCGUUGCCAGCCUGCAACUGAUGGCCGAUGCACUCGACAUCCCUAGUAGCCCCCCACUACCUGCACAACCAACCGUGGUUCGGGGCGGUGGUCUCAAACCCAGGAUCCAAAGCAAUACAAGAAGUGGUGCAUUGUCCGAUGUAUUCUGGACCGAAGAUGCUCGGAAAGUGUCGAAUGAGCUCAGCAAGAUCUGUGAGGAAGCCUUCAAUGGUAGCUCCCUCAAUACGAUUCGGGUAUCUAGCUCUGUGACCGGCUACGAGACCCCCGCAACCCCAAUGUCCAUUUCGAGUCCAGUGCAACGAUCACUGGCUCCUGCAAAGGAGGACUCAGGUGUUUCUGAGCAAGUUCGGCUUGAGCAAGGUCAAUCAUUUAGCAUUCAGGAAUUGAACGAAACCCGCCGCAAGCUGAUUGAACACAGUACAGGCGGCAAUGACACCAUUCCGGCGUACUUGUCUGGUGUGAUCGGACACCUUGAUCGUUUGAUUGAGGCUGACAAAGGCCAGACUCAGCCUGUCCGAAAUUUUGAAGCGAGCACGUCAACUCUCGUUGAUACUUACAACGGCGGGACAGAAGACACAUCCCUGCCUGUGAUCAGCGAGGAAUUCGCAAGUCCUGUUCGUGGUCCAAGCGAGCAUUACAGCCCGAUGCCGAAGUUGCAAAAGAAGCCCAAAUCUCGCACUCUGGGCCAGACCAAGAAUGGCAAGAACACCAUUCGUCUGGUGCCUCACAGCUCUUUGCCUUCCAUGGAGGAAGUGAAGCCACUGAUGAUACGUAAGAAAGUGCAAAUCAAUGAUUCAGACCCUGUCAACAGUGAUACCGCCGAGUCUGGUCGCCAGUUCUCGCAGGGCUCUCGACAGAGCCGACCACAUGGCGGGUUGGACACCAUUCAGGAAGACCCUGUCUCUCCAAAGACAAAAUCAGCCGAUGGUAAGAAGUGGUCAUGGUUCAAGCAUCGUUCCCAGGUGGUUGAUCACGCACCCGUGCCUUUGGUGAAGGAUCCUGCGCCCCCAAUUCUAGGUAGUGACACAGCGACUAUCAACCCGCCUCAGGAUCUUGUCAGCCAAGAGAUUCCUUCAGGUCUUCCUCCUUGCGAGGAGUCCCGAGGUCCAUCGCGCAAGUCUUCCAUCGAGCGCUUUGGAGGCGGGUUUUUCAAGAAGCUCAUGCACAAGAAAUCCGAUAAAGCCUUGUCCCAGACUGAUACCGGGAGUCCCAAGCCCACGUCGAAGGAGCCUCGACAUUCGGCAAUGCUUUGCAAUAAUUUGCCUGAUCAAGAAAGUUCUCUUGAUUCAGUAACCGCGCCUCAAAGCAAACGCCACUCGAUUGCCAAUCAGAAUUGGUUCGCUCGAGUCUUUCAGAUCAAACCCGCUUCUCGAGUCAUUGCCCUCAAUACAUCGAAAGUCAAGGGGAGGAAGGAGCUUUACAAGAUGCUUCGUGAAUGGGAGGACUAUGGGAUGGAAGAUGUCUAUCUGGACAAAAAUAACAGUGUUGUUCACGGCCGAGUUGGUGCAGCGAAUUUCCUUCGUCUUCGGGAAGUCGAAUUUGUUGCUGAAUUUUACACAGUUCUUGAGAACCGCCGCCAAGCCAACCUUAGUCUUGUCCGGUUCAAACAAGAACGGGGUGCAGCCUCCUCCUUCAACAAGGUCGUCGAUACCGUGUACCUGAUGCUGCAGAAUCGAGGACUUGUCGUUGAAGACCCCAUCCGAGCGAAGAAGAUGGCUCGUGUUCUGGACGGUCUUCCAGAUUUGCCCUAA